UGUCCCGAACACAACUUUACCCGUCUGGAGGUACAGUACAGUGGAUGCCAACUAAUUAUAGUGACGGAUGGAGACUGCUGGGGAUGUAACUCCUCGAGAAAUACUCUACAUUUGAGCCUUCCAUCAUCAGGAAAAUUGCCCUGUUUUCUCAAAAGAGCUUUCGCACGUUUAAUUAACUGGUUUAGAGCAGUUUUAAUAAUCCAACUGCAGCGCAGAAGAUCUUCCCUCCUAGCCACACUAGACAGGUCAUCGCGCACAAUGUUUGGGAGCGAAGUUAUUCAAGCAAUAAAUCCUGCGAAUUUAGCUAGCACUGAAAAAAAUACAGAAGAAUAUAUAUUUGCGGUUGGUACUUACAAACUCCUUGCUUUUGCCAUCGGAACAAUCGGAGUCUUCGGAUUUUGCAACAAUAUUAUUGUCAUCGUGCUGUACUACAGAUUCAAGAGACUCCGGACGCCCACAAAUUUGUUAAUAGUAAACAUUAGUAUAAGUGACGUGUUGGUGUCUGUCAUUGGAAUUAACUUUACGUUUGUUUCGUGCAUCAAAGGCGGAUGGGUCUGGAACUCGGCAACAUGCAUUUGGGACGGAUUCAGCAACAGUUUAUUUGGCAUCGUGUCCAUCAUGAGUCUCUCUGCCCUGGCCUAUGAGCGCUACAUCCGGGUGGUCCAUGCUAAGGUGGUGGACUUCCCCUGGGCCUGGAGGUGCAUCACUUACAUCUGGCUCUACUCCCUGGUCUGGACAGGGGCUCCUCUCCUGGGGUGGAACCGCUACACUCUGGAGAUCCACCAGUUAGGCUGCUCUCUGGACUGGACUUCCAAGGACCCGAACGAUUCCUCCUUCGUCCUCUUCUUUCUCCUGGCCUGCUUCUUCGUACCAGUGGGCAUUAUGAUCUACUGCUACGGGAACAUUCUUUACACAGUGCAAAUGCUCCGCUCCAUCCAGGACCUUCAGACAGUGCAGAUUAUUAAGAUCCUGCGCUACGAGAAAAAAGUGGCCGUCAUGUUCCUCUUGAUGAUCUCCUGUUUCCUGGUGUGCUGGACGCCCUACGCCGUGGUGUCCAUGAUAGAAGCCUUUGGCAGGAAGAGCAUGGUCACCCCUGCCGUCGCCAUCAUCCCCUCCUUCUUCGCCAAGUCCAGCACGGCCUAUAACCCUCUCAUCUACAUCUCCAUGAGCAGAAAGUUCCGGCGCUGCUUGCUGCAGCUGUUGUGCUCCCGGCUCUCGUGGAUUCAGCACAGCGUCAAGGACCGCCCCCUGGCCCGGAGCAUCGAGCGGCCCAUCCGCCCAAUCUUCAUGUCCCACCGAGGGGAUGGGGAACGACCAAAGAAGAGGGUGACCUUCAGCUCCUCCUCCAUCAUCUUCAUCAUCGCCAACAACGACAUUCACCACCUAGACACCACCUCCAAGAGCGGCCGUAUGUUGUCAGAGGUCAUCCAGGUGCGGCCGCUGUGACAGAGCAUUAUGGGUACUGCAGUACAUCAUGCUACACCCAGGCCACCAUGGGAACUGACUAAUCACCUCCAUCUAACACCUGUUCCUCUGUAUACCUCAGGACUUCCUCUCAUGAUGCAGUAAACCCGGAGGUGUUUCCUCUCAAAAGCCAAAACACCUUUUUGACCCAAGACUACUGGGAAUGUUUAAUGUCCUGUUCUCAGACUGUCUCACCAGGAAACACUUUUUCUACCAACAGUUGUGGUAAACAAAUGAUGUAGCUGUAAAUUUGUGAUGUAUCUCUCUCAACUUGUACCCUGUUAUUUUCAACAGCGCCUAUGUAAUUGUGUCAGCCAGCCUUCGACAUAGUCUCAUCCUGAGUUUAGUGUUUUUGAACAGGACCUCCUGUGUGAUGCCGGAGGCUAGCAGUGUUAAUGGAUCAGUGAUUGGCUGAGGAAGUGAUGUUGAUAAUUAUUAUUACCCUGGUUGGCAGCAGUGCAGUGCAGUGCAGCAGUGCUGAAUGACUGAUGGGAAAAGCCUUGCAAUAUUGCAGCAGCACAUUCUGCACAAUACUCUCUCCGCUUUUAUUGUAUCUGGAUGUGAGAAAGAGAUCCUAUUUUAAGAAAGCCACAGAUGAGAAGUAUUUUAAAAAAAUAUUUAAAAAAAAUCUUCCAAAUUUAAUUGUCACCACACUCGCUAGCGUGAUAAGUGCAAUCACUGUGAAAUGACAUUUCGUGGAAUUAUUUACGUAGAAUAAUAUGAAUGUAAUUAAAGAGGGAGGAGAUUGUAGUCAAGAUCAGACUGGUUCCACAGGCGGCAGCGAUAAGAAACUCCAGCGGCUCCAGGUUGCAGACGGAGCUCCCUUCAUAAGCCUCCCGAGUCGUCCCCUAUGAGUAGAGUUGAUGAGGAGAUGAUCAUAUUCAGCUCUAUAUAGGCACCAUGUCAUCAUAUACGUACAUCUGUGGUGACCGGAGACUGUCGUAAGAGCAAGCCAAUCAUCAGCCUAGCUAGUAGCUACCACUUUGAGCUUGACAUUUACAGUAGAAUUAUAGGUCUGGUUUAUCCCACAGAAAACGUUUUUCAUAAAAAUGUGUGCGCCUUAGAUGUUUGUCCUUUUUCACUCAAAACAUGUUAUGCUGUGUGAAGGACUCCUUGAUUAAGAAGUGAGCAAGUGUGAAAGAGCUCAAAUUCAUUAAAUGAAUCAAACAGGUUUUGCAAGCCAUAACUCCGCCACAAGCAACUGCAAAUUCAUUAAUUCAAUAACACUCACAUCAAGGCAAAUUGUAUUAACAAUGUUUAUAACUUUAAUGAUAAAUAAUUAUUUGUCAACACAGGUCAUGCAGCCAUGACUACUACAGUUGUAUUGUUGAGCAGUAACAUUGUGAUCACGGCACAGCAUUAAGACGGGUGGCAGGGUAGCCUAGUGGUUAGAGCGGAAGGUUGCAAGUUCAAACCCCCGAGCUGACAAGGUACAAAUCUGUCGUUCUGCCCCUGAACAGGCAGUUAACCCACUGUUCCUAGGCCGUCAUUGAAAAUAAGAAUUUGUUCUUAACUGACUUGCCUAGUUAAAUAAAGGUACCUUGCAGGUGCAACCUCAAUCAAAAAAAUAAAUACUGUGGUUUUAAUGUACUGCCCUCGAAGAUAAGAACAUUAUUUACUGUAUUUAUGUUUGAUUCAACACACCCACAAAAAAAGCCACUUCAGUUAUUUUCUGGCAUGUUGACCUCACAUGGAACUGGGACAAUAAUAUGUCACAAAUGAUUUGGAAUGUUUAAUUACUGCAACAUGACUGA